AUGAAAGUCACUGCUCUCGCUUCUGCCAUUCUGGCCCUCGUCCACGGGGCUCUGGCUCUUCCUGCCAAAGCCCCAGCUCUCGAUAUCACCCUGAGCCAGGUCAACCACACCCGGAUCAAGGCCGUGGUCAAGAACACCGGCAGUGAGAAAGUCACCUUUGUACAUCUCAACUUCUUCAAUGAUUCUAGCCCUGUCAAGAAGGUUUCCCUCUACCGCAAUGCCACUGAGGUCGAGUUUACUGGGAUCAAGCAGCGGCUUCGCAGCGAUGGCAUCUCUAAGGAGGCCCUGACCACCCUUGCACCUGGCGCCACCUAUGAGGACGAGUUUGACAUCGCCAGCACCGCUAAUCUCACCCAAGGCGGUCCCGUCACUGUCCACACCCAGGGCUUCGUUCCCGUGACCAAGAACAACAAGAUCGCCGGCUAUAUCCCUUAUUCCUCAAACGAGCUCAAGCUUGAGGUUGAUGCUGCAAAGGCCGCGGCCGUGCGCCCGAGCAUCAAGCCCCUCGACCGCCGCUCAAAGAUCACCUCAUCCUGCACCGGCAACCGCGCUGAAGCCCUCAAUACAGCCCUCCGCAACGCCGCCUCAAUUGCCAGCAAAGCCGCUGAUGCUGCCUCCUCAGGCUCCUCCGCGCUCUUCACUGAGUACUUCAAGACAACCUCUAGCAAUGUUCGCAGCAACGUCGCCGCGCGCUUUAAAGCCGUCGCCAGCGAGGCCUCGUCGAACGGGGCCGGUUCAACCACCUACUACUGCUCCGACCCCUACGGCUACUGUGGCUCCAACGUCCUCGCCUACACCCUCCCCUCGACCAACGAGGUCGUCAACUGCGAGCUCUUCUACAGCCUCCAAGGGGUGACAAAUGACUGUCAUGGCCAAGACCAGGCCACCACCAUCAUCCAUGAGUUCACCCAUGCCCCUGGUGUGUACCCGCCUGGCACGGAGGAUAUGGGCUAUGGAUACGGCACUGCUACGGCGUUGAGUACUAAUGAUGCGCUGAACAAUGCGGAUUCGUAUGCACUGUUUGCUAAUGGUACCUCUUCCUCUCGCGUUUUAACUGCCUUCAGCUAA